GAUCCAUCUCCAUCUCACAAUAACCUCAGAAUCAUUCACAGUCAGAACUUCACAACAAGAGUCAAUGACGGAAUCCCCCAUUCACAUAAACUCAGAACAUACAGCCAUUACAGACCCUCACUCACAGUAACCCAACCGCACAGUCCCUCACUCACAAGAACCCAACCGCACAGCCCCUCACUCACAGGAACCCAACCGCACACUGCCUCACUCACAGGAACCCAACUGCACAGUCCCUCACUCAUAGGAACCCAACCGCACAGCCCUUCACUCACAGGAGCCCAACCGCACAGUCCCUCAAUCACAGGAACCCAACCGCACAGUCGCUCACUCACAGGAACCCAACCGCACAGACCCUCACUCACAGGAACCCAACUGCACAGCCCCUCAAUCACAGGAACCCAACCGCACAGUCCCUCACUCACAGGAACCCAACCGCACAGUCCCUCACUCACAGGAACCCAAUCACACAGCCCCGCACUCACAGAAACACAACCGCACAGUCCCUCACUUACAGGAUCCAACCGCACAGUCCCUCACACACAAGAACACAACUGCACAGCCCCUCACUCACAGGAACCCAACUGCACAGCCCCUCACUCACAGGAACCCAACUGCACAGCCCCUCACUCACAGGAACCCAACCGCACAGCCCCUCACUCACAGGAACCCAACCACACAGUCCCUCACUCACAGGAACCUAACCGCACAGUCCCUCACUCACAGGAACACAACUGCACAGCCCCUCACUCACAGGCACCUAACCGCACAGUCCCUCACUCAAAGGAACACAACCACACAGUCCCUCGCUUACAGGAACCCAAUGGCACAGUCCCUCACUCACAGGAACACAACCGCACAGUCUCUCACUCACAGGAACCCAAUGGCACAGUCCCUCACGCACAGGAACACAACCACACAAUCCCUCACUCACAGGAACCCAAACGCACUGUCCCUCACUCACAGGAACCCAAACGCACAGUCCCUCACUCACAGGAACACAACCACACAGUCCCUCACUCACAGUAACCCAACUAUACAGCUUCAUCCUACCUCAGACACUUAGCUACAGAACACAUCUCUAGCUGGGCCGUACCACAAUAGUCCUUCACGAUCAGAUUCACUAAUACCUCAGAUUAGUGCUAACUCAGAGUCCAUCACAGGCAGAGUAACUCACCCAUCCAGCCCUCCAACAUAACUGAUUGAUAUGCAAAAUUCAUCCAUGGGUCAACAUAGUGUCAACAACGAUGUCCACACCCACUACCACAGAAACCAAACAUAGCAGUGGUAGGCCAUUCAGCCCUUCAAGCCAGUUCCACCAAUCAAUAUAAUCAUGGCUAAUUAUCCAACUCCCUUUGAUCUCUUUGGUCCUAACAACUAUAUCUACAACUUUCUCAAAUAUCUUCAAUACUUUGGUGUCAGUGAUUUCCUAUCGCAGAUAAUUUCACUGGCUCAACCAGCUUAGGCUGUGGAAAUUCCUCUCUCUCUUUAUCCGAAAAGGCCUUCCUGCAUCUUUAAACUGUGAACCCCUGCAUCUUGCUCUGGGGUUCUCUGACCAUUAUGAAACUGCCCACACUUACUGACCAUCACUGAGGUACCCACACUUACUGACCAUCACUGAGGUGCCCACACGUACUGACCGUCACUGAGGUACCACACUUACUGACCGUCACAGAGGUACCCACACUUACUGACCAUACUGAGGUGUCCACACUUACUGACCUUCACAGAGGUGCUCACACUUACUGACCAUCACUGAGGUAGCCACACUUACUGACCAUCACUGAGGUGCCCACAUGUACUGACCGUCACUGAGGUACCACACUUACUGACCGUCACUGAGGUACCCACACUUACUGACCAUCACUGAGGUGCCCACACUUACUGACCAUCCCUGAGGUGCCAACUCCUACUGACCAUCACAGAGGUGCCCACACUUACUGACCAUCACUUAGUUACCCACACUUACUGACCUUCACUGAGGUACCCACACUCACUGACCGUCACUGAGGUGCCCACACUUACUGACCAUCAUUGAGGUACCCACACUUACUGACCUUCACAGAGGUGCCCACACUUACUGACCGUCACUGAGGUACCCACACUUACUGACCAUCACAGAGGUGCCCACACUUACUGACCGUCACUGAGGUGCCCACACUUACUGACCGUCACUGAGGUACCCACACUUACUGACCGUCACUGAGGUGCCCACACUUACUGACCAUCACUGAGGUACCCACACUUACUGACCAUCACAGAGGUGCCCACACUUACUGACCGUCACUGAGGUACCCACACUUACUGACCAUCACUGAGGUGCCCACACAUUGAUCAUCACUGAGGUACCCACAUUACUGACCAUCACUGAGGUACCCACAUUACUGACCAUCACUGAGGUACCCACACUUACUGACCAUCACAGAAGUACCCACACUUACUGACCGUCACUGAGGUACCCACACCUACUGACCAUCAUUGAGGUACCCACACUUACUGACCACCACAGAGAUGCCCACACUUACUGACCAUCACUGAGGUGCCCACACUUCCAGACCAUCACUGAGGUACCCUCACUUCCAGACCAUCACUGAGGUGCCCACACUUACUGACCAUCUUGGAAGUGACCCUGAUAAAGCCCAUUAUUUGCGGAGUGCAUUCACAGAAAAUUCCCACAUCAGCUGUAAAAUAAUUACAAGUUGCAAUUUGAAAUGUUUUGUCCUUGGGCUGAACAUAUGAGACAGGGAAAAUAUUAUAUGGUAAAUAUUAAGACAUUUGUUUGACUUGCUCUAUGGAGACAAACUGAAUUUGAUAGAAAAUUAUACAAUAUUCAAAUUGAAAUGUUUUUCAGAUUUUAUGAAUAAAGUAUUUUUAAAUGAUGGUUUAUUGCAUUCACUGUGUAAUAUAGGCAGUUCAUAAAUUUUCAUUGCAGCAAAUUUGUGUUGAACAGAUACAGUGAAGCUGGGCUGAAUGGAUCCCUUUACAGCUCCUGGGAUCUCCCUAUCCUGAUCUCAUCCAUUAUUCAGUAUUUCCUACAUUUUGCUAACGUACAAGUCUGGCUCACAAAGCAAUGAACACAAUUCGAAUAUCAUUUGUUAAAAAACAGUAUGGUCAGGUGGGGUGUGUGCAUGUACACAAUUUUAAAAAAUAUCAUUAACGUAACUUGUAAACACACAGUGGUUGUUGGGUGUUUUAAAAUUGCUUUUGCCUUAUUACUUAUUUUGACACUGUUGUGGGAACUCGAUGAGGUGGGGGAGAAAUUUCAGCAGCUUUAUACACAAAGGCCUGUUUUGGUCCCCACGGUGACUGGUGAUGGAGCAGCUGAGAGGGGGCUCAGGAUUUGGUUCUCUGAGGCUCACCAGGAGGCAGUUUGUCUGAUGUAUCUUGUUUUGCUCCAAUCUCCAAUUGAAGCAAAACUUCCGGCUCAGGUGGGGGGGGUCUCCAGCCGCUGGGGGUGGGACCCAA